AUGGCUGGGAGGAGGGCUUUGCAAGAUUUUACUGCAGCUCGUCGGACAGUCCAGCGCCGCGCUGCCCAUGCCGGGCCAGAGCCUGCGGCCUCAGGGUUGGAGAAGCGCCAGUCUCCUGACGGUCGCUGCGGUCCCGAUCAUAACAAUCAGGUCUGCGACCAAAGCGACUGUUGUUCUAGUGCUGGGUGGUGCGGUCAAGGCUACCUUUACUGCUCAGCUCCCUCGUGCAUGAUCGAGUAUGGUCCGUCGUGCGAUGCCAACAUCCGCCCGGAUGGACCAGACACGACGAAUGUUCCCCGGACCAGACUCGGCUCUGUCCCUUAUGGUCAGGCCAUCUACCACUGCGAGCACUAUGGUGACAUCGCCUUAACCUUUGACGAUGGUCCUUAUAUCUACACCGAGGAUCUGCUGAACAAGCUGAAGGCAUACAAUGCCAAGGCAACCUUCUUCAUUACCGGUAACAACCUGGGCAAGGGCAAGAUAAACGAUCCAACCACCAACUGGCCUGCUCUCAUUAGGCGCAUGAUUGCCGAGGGCCACCAGAUUGCUAGCCACACCUGGUCUCAUCAGAGACUUACGACUAUCAGCGCCGAAAAGUUCCGUAACCAAAUGAUCUACAAUGAGAUCGCCUUUGCUGACCUUCUCGGCUACUUCCCAACAUACAUGAGGCCUCCCUAUUCAGCCUGUGAUGCUACAUGCGAGGGCUAUCUCAAUGACUUGGGUUACCACAUCACCUACUUCAACCUCGAUACCGAGGGCUAUCUUCAUGACAGCGCCGACCUCAUCCAAGAUUCCAAAGACAUCUGGGAUGAAAACGUGGAGGGCAAGGACGUCGCCACCACCAAGUGGCUUCAAAUCGAGCACGAUCCCGUCUAUCAGAGCGUCUAUAACCUCACAGACCACAUGCUCGAGUCCCUCUUCCGCAACGGAUUCAAGUCUGUCACCGUCGGUGAAUGUCUCGACGACCCCCAAGAGAAUUGGUACCGCUCCGUCGGCGAUGCCCCGCCAUCCACCGGCACCGCCACUCGCGUAGCCACAGGGACUGCCACAUCUUCCAGCGUCGCCGCCCCUACCGGCACUCUUCCCGCUUCCACCAACGGCCGCUGUGGAGCCAACUUUGGCAGCACAACCUGCUUCACCGAGCCCGGUGCAACCUGCUGCUCAUCCGCCGGCUGGUGUGGCAACACGGCCGACCACUGCGGCGCAGCAUGCCAGCCUCUAUACGGCAACUGCCAGAUCUCCGGGGCAUCGAGCUCUCCCGCCUCUGUCAGUUCCGCGUCGUCGUCUGCAGCCGUACCCUCGCCGUCCAUAACCAGCUCCGCGCCCGCGGCCACUGGUACCGCGACAUCUCCGCCUCUUAGUACCAAUGGGCGUUGUGGUACCACGCAGGGCGGCACCACUUGCAUCAGCGAACCUGGCGCGACGUGCUGUUCGCAGUAUGGAUGGUGCGGUGCCACGACAGACCACUGUGGUAGUGGUUGCCAGGCUGGUUUCGGUACUUGCGGUACAUCGAACUGA